AUGCAUCCAUCAACAUUCGUGACCACUAUUGCCUGUCUCGCAGGCCUGGCCCAUGGCUAUGCAAACCCCGGAUCCUGUUCGGGGGCUUGCAAUAUCCAUGAUCCCGCCCUCAUUCGCAGGCAGUCGGAUGGAAAAUACUUUCGCUUUUCGACCGGAAACAAGAUCUCCUAUGCAUCUUCGUCUUCCAUCAAGGGUCCGUGGACCGUGCUAGGCUCUGUGCUACCAAGGGGAUCGUCCAUUAACCUACCCGGAAAGACCGAUCUCUGGGCACCUGAUAUCUCGCUCGUCAACGGGGCGUACCACUUGUAUUAUUCGGUGUCCGCGUUCGGUUCGCAAGACUCUGCGAUUGGCCUCGCGACGUCGGCGACGAUGGAUCCGAACUCGUGGACCGAUCACGGUUCCACGGGCAUCCGAUCCAGCUCGUCCAAGCCAUACAAUGCAAUCGAUGCCAACCUCUUCCACGAUGGAGGAAACUAUUACAUGACCUUUGGUUCCUUCUGGCAUGACAUCUACCAGGCCCCGAUGAACUCGGCCGCAACUGCUGUUUCCUCCGGACCGUACAACAUCGCCUAUAACCCUUCCGGUACCCAUGCGGUUGAGGGCGCGUUCAUGUACAAGUUCGGGAAGUAUUAUUAUCUCUUCUUCUCCAGUGGGAUUUGCUGUGGUUAUGACACCUCGCGUCCAGCGGCCGGGAAAGAGUAUAAGAUCCGGGUCUGUAGAUCUACAUCGGCGACUGGACACUUUGUCGAUAAGCACGGCGUGUCUUGCACGAACGGAGGUGGCACAGUUGUCCUUGAAAGCCAUGGACAUGUCUAUGGACCUGGUGGGCAGGGGGUCUUCACGGAUCCGGCGCUUGGCCCGGUGCUAUACUACCACUAUGUCGAUACCAGGAUUGGCUAUGCCGAUGGCCAGAAGCGCUUUGGGUGGAACAAGAUCGACUUCUCCAGUGGAUGGCCUGUGGUGUGA